UUGUCAAUUUGAGCGUUAUUUAGCAUUUUAUUUUUGCUUGUCAUCACGUUUCUAUAUUCCGAAAACUUAGAUUUGUUCUAUAAGAAAUAAAAAUGGCUCUAUUAGAUCUUUGUCGUUUAGACGAGAAAAUUAAUUUGAAACCCAUUGAUUCUCUAGCAUCUAUCAACGAUGACGUGUUAGGGUACACUCAAAACUUUUUAAAUUGUGCACAACUUGCGACUCCGCCGUUUGCUAAUCCAGUUGAGACUUUGGCUCAAUUCAAUACAAAAGAUGAGACGGGACGCCAAAUAAAAAUUGAGUUCGAUCACGGUACUACCACUCUUGGUUUUCGUUAUAAGGGAGGAGUAUUACUUGCUGUAGAUUCCCGUGCAACAGGGGGUCAAUUUAUUGGUUCACAGUCCAUGAAGAAAAUUGUUGAGAUCAAUGACUACUUGCUUGGUACCCUAGCCGGUGGUGCAGCCGACUGUGUCUACUGGGACAGAGUGUUAGCUAAACAAUGCAGGUUGUAUGAACUACGUAAUCGUGAACGUAUCUCUGUUGCCGCAGCAAGUAAACUGAUGGCUAACAUGGUUUACAAUUACAAAGGCAUGGGACUCAGCAUGGGAAUGAUGUUGGCUGGUUUUGAUAAGAGGGGUGCUCAAUUGUACUAUGUAGAUAGUGAGGGAACUCGUACUCCAGGAAAAGUAUUCUCAGUCGGAUCUGGUUCAGUGUAUGCUUUCGGUGUUUUGGACUCAGGCUACCGCUGGGAUCUUGAGGAUGUUGAAGCACAAGAACUGGGUCGUCGAGCAAUCUACCACGCUACCCACAGAGACGCAUACUCCGGUGGCAUCAUCAGAGUGUACCACAUCAGCGACAAGGGCUGGGUGAACGUCUCCAACGAGGAUUGUUCCGACUUACACUAUAAGUAUCAAGCGGAAAAGGGCGUCAAAGAUGAAUAAAAUUGUAAGAUUUUUUUUUAAAUAUAAAAUGUACUGUA